AUGGGAUCCAACGUCUGGCAGCAGCCGCAGAAACCCUCGCAUCGUCGUAUCCCUCGCUAUAUCUCCCUCCGCUCGCCCCAGCGGCCGCCUCCACCCUCGCCUGCCCACGCCGUCGCCGAAGCCCUCUGCUCCACCCGCCCCGAUCCCGUCCAGAGAAAAGAUCACUAGUGAAACUUUCUUGAGGGGAGAUGGCGGUUUCUUUCGCGAAUGUUAACUCUGAGGCAGGGCUUAAAAAGCUUGACGAUUACCUUCUCACUCGCAGCUACAUCACUGGCUACCAAGCUUCCAAGGAUGACUUGGCUGUCUAUUCUUCAUUUUCUGCCGCUCCCUCAUCCAAGUAUACCAAUGUUGCAAGGUGGUUCAGUCACAUUGAUGCACUCCUGAGGCUGAGUGGGGUUACUGAAGAGGGCCAAGGCGUCAAGGUUGAGUCAUCAGCUGUUCCUGUUGCCUCAACCCCUGAUGUUGCUGAAGCAAAGGCCCCAGCAGCUGACGACGACGACGACGAUGUUGACCUUUUCGGUGAGGAGACUGAAGAGGAGAAGAAGGCUGCUGAAGAGCGUGCUGCGGCUGUCAAGGCUUCUGCCAAGAAGAAGGAAUCUGGGAAGUCAUCAGUUCUGCUUGAUGUGAAACCAUGGGAUGAUGAGACUGACAUGACCAAGCUCGAGGAAGCUGUAAGGAGCAUGAAGAUGGAGGGCUUGUUCUGGGGGGCCUCCAAACUUGUCCCGGUUGGAUACGGCAUUAAGAAGUUGCAAAUCAUGAUGACAAUCGUUGAUGAUCUCGUCUCUGUUGACACUCUCAUCGAGGAGCAUUUGUGCGCCGAGCCAGUGAAUGAGUAUGUUCAGAGCUGCGAUAUUGUUGCCUUCAACAAAAUCUAAAUUUUCUUGAGGCAGGCGAUGGUGGUCGGUUGCCAAUGUACCCAGUGUUAAAAGAGUUUCGCGUUGCUGUGUUAUCGUGGUGUUGCUAGUAAUUGGCGGUGAGGUUUUUGGGAUAGUCGAGUCGAAUGUACAAGAACGAAAUGACUUUGCUUUAAUUUGGAAUAACCAUCAGGCUGGAAUUGUGUUA